AUGUUUGACAGCUCGCAGUAUCCCUACAAUUGUUUCAAUUAUGACGCCGACGACUACCCGGUGGGCAGCUCCGACGAGCAGAAGCGGCUCACGAGGCCCGCGUACAGCUACGUCGCGCUGAUCGCCAUGGCCAUCCAGCAGAGCCCCUCGGGCAGGGUGACCCUGUCCGGCAUCUACGACUUCAUCACGCGCAAGUUCCCCUACUUCCGAGCCAACCAGCGCGCCUGGCAGAACUCCAUCCGCCACAACCUGUCCCUCAACAGCUGCUUCGUGAAGGUGCCUCGGACGGAGGGCCACGAGAAGGGCAAGGGUAACUACUGGACGCUGGCGGCCGGCUGCGAGUCGCUGCUGGACCUCUUCGAGAACGGCAACUAUCGCAGGCGGCGCCGGCGCCGCGGCCCCAAGCGCGAGGGGGCGGGGCAGGCGCGUGCGGGGGGCGCGGAGGGGCCGCAGGGGCCCCCUGAGCCAGCCCCAGGCCCGCCCCCCGCCCCUGCCAGCCCGGCUGCCCUGGGGAAGGAGGAGCACAGGGGCAUCAAGUUCAGCAUUGACUACAUCCUGUCCGCGCCGGGCCCUUUCGCGGGGCUCAAGGGUCCGUACGGCCAGCAGGAGGGCAGAACCCCCCCCCCCCCCCCACCCCGGCUGGAGGCCCAGCCAAUGAACCUCCACCUGUGGACCAUAUGAGGCCGGGCUGGCGCCCGGUGGGUCCCGGGGCUUCCGGGCGAUUUCGGCCCCACCUCCAGCCAAGAAGCCAGGUUUUGCCACAUCCCGCUAACUUCCGCAGACUCGUGUUCCGUGCCGAACAUCAGCAUGGGCUGGAGGGACAAGAGGUCAGUCUUCUGGCUUCAUCCUUCACAAGUUCCCUUGCAGGAAGACCCAUGGGGUCCUGCCCUAGAUUCACUGAGCAGCCCCACUCUGAGGGAUAUGAAUACAGGUUCGGGGCCACACUCACUCACAGACAAGGCAGCACCUCAUCCCUCUGUCUUCUGAGAACUGGCUGCACAGACCCCACACCCUGGAAGCUGCCCGUGAGCUCUGGAUGCAGAUGGCGAGGUGGGUGGGCAUCUUCCCAGAGCUAAAAGUGCAAACGGUGAAACCAGAUAUUCCUUGACCCCAUGAACGUCGUCCCCGAGUUUUUGAC